UCGUAAAGCAGGGCUUGGCAGUUGCCACGACUACGAGCCCCACCCCACCACUUGGAACUUGGAAGUCGGUUGGGUUGGAACUCGCAAUCCUGGGGCUCAAAUCCUUUCAAUUCUGCAGUUAAUACAAUUUCCCCAAUUCCCACCAAAUCCCUAAUUCCCUCACUGUCUCUACCAAUUCCAUUCCGCCGCCACCACCAUGCUUUUAUCGCCCGGCCACUCCCCUCGCCACCUCCCUUCCCCAUCACCGGCACCGGAAACCCCCAGUUCCGUUAGUGAUAAUAGCACUGCCACAACUACUACAGCUCCUACUUCUGCUCCUUCAAUCAGGCAGCCAAAGCGACCGAAAGUCCUCGAUGAAGAUUCCUACGUCGCCGCCAUUGAGAAAAUCAUCGAACGCGAUUUUUUCCCCGAUAUCCCCAAGCUCCGGGACCGUCUCGAUUGGCUCGAAGCCGUCCGCUCUGGCGACCCGGUUCUAAUCCGAGAUGCCCAGUUGAAAAUCCUCGAACGCCGCCGCGGCAGCGCCGGGGAAUCCUCGAUUGAUCCAGGUACUAGUACUAAAUCACGGACGCACACCCUAACCCCUGGUUCCACUUUUUUCAGAAAUUCUAGUUUUACCCCUUUUGGUUUUGAUGAAAAUAGUGCUGGAAAGUUCAACGAGCAUAGAACCACCCCUGGUCCCGGGGUAGGGAGCGAUAGGACCACGAUUGGCGAACGUUUGGGUGAUGGGAGUGAUGGGGAGGGCGAGGUGGAUACUUCGUUGACGUUAGAUGAGUUCUUCAGGAGGUAUACGAGUGAGGAUAACGAGAGUUUUUCCAAGAUUAUGGAGAAAGUAAAUAGGAAGAGGAAGGAGAGGUUUGGGUUCUUGUUGGAAGGCGAAAAGGAAGGGGAUGUGAAGUUGAUUGAGGGUGCGAAGAGGGAGCGCGUUGCAACGGAUGGGUUUGGAACGUCUGAUCAGCCUGUGGCUACGUUGGAAGGGUGGAAGUACACUGCCAAGAAUUUGUUGAUGUAUCAUCCAGCGGAUAGGGGUGAAGCCCCCUUGACGGAGGAGGAGAUGGCUGAGAGGCUCAAGGGAUUGACCAAGGAGAUUAACAGGACUAACACGAGGUUCCGGGGUAAAGUGGUCAAUUACAAGAAAGAAGAUGAUGCGGUUGAGGUGCUUUAUACCCCGGUUGCUGGGGCCACGCCAUUUCCUCUGUCUGUUAGGGAUGGCGAUAAGGUGAAGAAGUAUGAUUUGGAAGAUUUGAGGAAGACGCCCAAUCCAUUUUAUGUUGAGUCGGGGAAGAAGGCAGAGAAUGGUUACAGUUUCGUUAGGACUCCAUCGCCUGCUCCGGGUGUGGAUGAGUCGCCAUUUAUAACAUGGGGUGAAAUUGAAGGUACGCCAUUGAGGUUGGAGUCAGAGGAUACGCCUAUUGAUAUUGGCGGUAGCGGAGAUGGGCCACAGUUUAAGAUCCCAAUGGCACCUUCAAGGGAUGUUAAGGCUCACUCUUUGUCUAGGGAGGCUGCCCGUAAGUUGAGGGAGAGGUCAAAAAUGUUUCAGAAACCACCGCUGCCCUCACCAGUUAGAGGGGGAAGUGCUAGUCCCAGUGCACGAACUCUCUCUCCUGCUGCUCAAAAAUUUGUGCGAAACGCAAUUGCAAAAUCUUCUCAUGCUGUUGAUGAAUCCCUCCGAGCAAGUUAUCGGGGUUCAAGUCCAGGCAUGGGCACUCCUAAAAGUGGGAGGAGUAUGUCAAGGUUUGGCAGGGAUAGCACAGGGUCCAGGUCACCUUCAGCAAGAGAGGGCUCUAAUCCUCCUCUGUAAUUGUUUGCAGGUGGCUUUUCCAUUGUAUUACCAAUGGUAUUUUCCUGUACAAUAGCCGGGGAAUGUAUCAGUUUGAUGAAAAAGUGAGAGUUGCUAUUAUCUGUUUUGGCAGAAUUUAUUACACUGCUUCGAGGAUCAUCUUAUUGUUUCAUUUUCUAUUUUCCA